GAGAUGGGUUGGAGCAGGAGAGUCCUGUGUGUCCGUGGAUUCUCCUGGAUCGUUUCGGCUUUGCUUCUGAUGCCCCGGGAAACCCAUGCUGGUGUUGGUUCUGAUGCUGCGGUUAGGUUCUUGGAGGCUCCUCCGGCAUUCUCGGCAUCGUCGAGGGCCACAUUUCUGUUUGAGGUCACGGAGAGGAGGAACGGUGGCGCAUGCCGCAGCUGCAGCAUCACCUGCAAGCUAGAUAACUACAGUUCCUCUGCUUGUGAACCAAAAGAAGUUACGUACUCAGGCUUGCUUGAAGGAGAUCAUCUGUUUGAGGUCUGCAUCAGUGGUUCUCAAAGAGUUCGCUGUGCUAGCUAUAAAUGGAUUGUUGAUACAAUUUCCCCCACUGCAUGCAUUUCUGCUGCAUCAUCUUUCACAAAUGCUUUGAAUGUAUCAGUAAAUGUUUCUUUCAGUGAACCCUGCAACAAUGGAGGUGGAUUUAAGUGCUCCUCUAGUAAAUGCAAUCUUCUUGUUUAUGGAGCUGGCCAUGUUUUACCAUCUACUCUCAAGGUUCUUCUUCCUGACCGAGUAUUUACCCUUAUGGUGGGUAUAUCAGCUGAUGUUCAGUUUGGUCGAUUGGUACUGGUCAUGGAUAAGGGCUUCUGUAUGGACAGUGCUGGGAACAGUUUCGAACGAACAUCAAAUUCAAGUUUCAUAUUACAUUUUGAUAGAAGGAGUGUCUUCAUGAACUUGACAACUCACAUCCCGAAGAAGUCACUUCAACUUAAUGGCGAGCUUAGAACUGCAGAGGCUACUAACACUUAUAAGGGCUUAAAAAUAUAUUUAUCUUUUUCAGAGCCAGUUCUUAAUUCAUCUGAAGAAAUUCUAGGCCUUCUUCAUUCAACUUCUGGUUCACUUAUUCCUACAAAAAGGAAUAGCCUUGGAAACCGUCGCUUUGGCUAUUUAGUACACAGCAUUUCAAGCAUGACUGUUGUUACCAUAAGUUGUGAUACUAACAAUAUAAUCAGCAGACAAGGGACACCAAUUUCUCCAUCAGAUCCAAUCACAUUCCUCUAUGAUGCUCAAAGGCCUUCUGUAAGAUUAAGUACAACUUCUAACAUGAGGACCAGACAACAUAAAAUACCAGUGCUGAUAAAGUUUGUGAAGCCUGUUUUUGACUUUAAUUCUUCAGCUAUAAGAAUUUCUGGAGGAUAUAUACUGAGCUUUCACGAAAUAACAAUGAGCAUAUACAUCAUUGAGAUCAAUGGCAAUGAUAGUCUUAUAUCUGUGGAAGUUCCUGAAAAUAAGACAGUAGAUAUUGCUGGAAACAAGAACCUUCGGUCAAAUAUUCUACAACUGAAGCACUAUACCACACCAACAAUAUCAUCAUUUGUUUCUUUAGUUGCUACCAGUGCAUUUGCAAUAACAUCAAUGGUUGCAGCAUUGCUCACUGUUUCAACUUCAAGCCUCCUAUCUUCCGGAGCAGUUUCUAGACAGAAAGCAUAUCUUGUUUCCGAACCAUCAAGGAAUCUUUUGAGAAUUUUGUGCCACAUCCAGGUCUUUGCACUCUGUAGAUGGUUGGUAGUUAACAUGCCCAUUGAGUAUUAUGAAUUUUCUAGGGGUAUAGAAUGGAGUAUUCCGUACAUUCAUCUUCCAUGGGAAAUGGGCUCCAAGACAUUUUUUGAAGGUUCUACAUCUACAUCCGCUACACAUUUUGAAGUAUGGGAUAGGAACAAGUUAUAUUUUAAAUCCUCAUCAGUGAGAAACCAAAUACUGGAAAUGAAUUCUUCUGAAUAUGGAAAGCCACUUACCCCAGGAGAAUACAUGUCAUUUCUUGAGAAUCAGAACAUGAAACCUGAAGCUGAAUUCAUUAUGAUUUCACGAAAUUCAGAUAGCGGGUGGCAGUAUUUUGGUAGAAACAUGUUCUGGUUAGCAGUGUUUGGUGGUGGAUUGAUCUUUCUCCAUGUGGUGAUUCUUUGCAUUUUGAAAUUGAGGAAGAACUUAGAAAAGCAGAAAGAGUUUGGAGCCCUUGUGUUCCCAAGGUUUGAGAUAUUUUUGAUAUUUCUUGCAUUGCCAUGUAUAUGCCAAGCGUCUGCUGCAAUAAUUAAAGGGAGAACAUCUACAGGUAUAGUUGUUGGAACUGUACUCCUGGGUGUCUCCACAUCUUUCCUUAUAUCAUUGCUAUUGAUCCUCUCACUUGGCAUCUCAAUGGGUAAGCUUCUGUGGUACAAAGAAGUUCAUCAAGAAGGAGAGAAGCUCCGUUGGUACCACGAGUUCGUCCAUGUAGCUCUAGGUCCUGGAAAAAGAGGCCAAUGGGCAUGGCAAGGUCAACAGAGCUCAAUUAAUCAAACAAUACUAGGCCCCUUAUUUGAGGAUCUCCGAGGGCCACCAAGGUGCAUGCUCACACAAAUUGCUGGUAGGGGAAACCAAGGAAAAUAUGAAGACCGAAUAAUUGCUUCUGGAGAUGAAACUGAAGUUGCAGAAGCUCCAUUUAUCCAGAAGCUCUUUGGCAUGCUCAGAAUUUACUAUACGCUUUUAGAAUCAGUUAAAUGUGUCUCUCUUGGAGUUUUGGCUGGUGCGUACUCAUCAAAAAGACCUUCUAGGACACCAACCCUGAUUAUUUUGUCCAUCACCUGCUUUCAACUCUUUUUCCUUGUCUUGGAGAAGCCCUUUAUCAAAAGGAAGGUUCAGUUUGUGGAAAUUAUCUCAGUAGCUGGUGAAGUUGGUCUGCUUGGGGCUUGUCUGGCUGUACUGGAGAAGGAUUUCUUUGGUGCUAAUGAGAGGAGACUUGGAUUAUUCAUGCUGGCAAUGUUUAUUAUCAUGUUUACUGCACAGCUGGCCAACGAAUGGUAUGCACUAUACCAACAAGUUAUUCGACUGAGCCGAACUAGGGACUCAUUCUCUUCAGGGUUAAAGAGAGCACUUGGUGGAAUUCUAUUAAUUGUGCUACCUACAACAAGGCUGUUGGCAGAAAUGGUUGAGCAGUCAUCCUCCAGCCAUGGAGAAGGAGACAGUGGAACUACAGUGUCCCCUAUCGGUCAAGUCCAAGGAGCUUCUGGUACGAACGAGAGAUCAUGGCUGAGACAACUAAGAGAACUUGCGGAGGCUAGCUUCGGUAGAGAGGAUGCAGGAGCCCCUAAUGACCCUUCAAGUAGCACUAAUCAAAGAAGUGAGUUUCAGAAUGCAAAGAGAAGCGGAAGUUCUUCUGUUGCAUCAUCAUCUGGUUUCAAGUCAAAGGCAGACCUAAAGGCAAAGUCAAGAGGGUUGUAUAAGGAUUUGGAGUCCAUGUUCUCAUCAAAAUGAUUUGAGUAAUUCACCGAUGUUUCACUGCAUGGUGACAGGUAAUAUGAGAUUCAACCAGGUAAUUUUAACGAAGCAAGUUUAUAGCUCAAACAAAUUCCUGCGGAGGAAGAUAGGGUACCUGAUCCAUUGAACUUUUGAAGGCCAAACGCAGGUGCUCAGAGUAAUAUGUAGUUUCAGAUCCAAAGUUCAGUGCCGAUCAUUACCAGCAGCAGAAGCAAAUAGUUGAUAUCUAAUAUUGAUUAUUCGAUAUUAGUGGUGCUGUGCCAUUUCAUUUACUUCUUUAAGAUGUAUAGGAGCUAUCAAUUUGUUAUGCAACCUGAUGAGAAGAUAAUCUUGUAUUCCUUAUUUAAAUUAUGAGAUGCAUUUCACAAUA